AUGACUACCAACCAGGCCUCAUGGGAAGAACGGGUCUUCAGGAAGCAAAGAGAGUGCUUCAACAAAAUUCCACUAGAAUGGAGAGUCCCGGACGACUUGCUGUCUACGUUCAAAAAGCCCAUGUCCGAAUAUAAGCACGAUUUCAUCCGAGCAAAUCUCAUUCGCAGAUCCGGCAUCUUGACAGCUCGAGAACUCAAGAUUACAGAGAACUAUACAGUCCGUGAGCUUACCACCGAGUUGGCAAAGGGCGCCUUGACGUCCGCAGAAGUGACUCUGGCGUAUUGCAAAAGAGCGGCAGUUGCGCAGCAGCUGGUUGGAUGUCUAACAGAGACCAUGUUUCCCGAAGCACUAGAGCGAGCUCAGUAUUUGGACUCCUUACGUGCGCAGGGGAAUCUGGCUGGGCCACUGCAUGGCCUUCCUGUUAGUAUUAAGGACAACUUCCAUUAUAAAGGGACAGAAGCGACAAUCGGAAUGGUGGCGUUUAUGGAUGAGGCCUCGAAGGAGACCUCGCCAUUAGUCGAUAUCCUUCUAAGGCUUGGAGCGGUGAUCUAUGUCAAGACAAACGUGCCUCAGACGAUGAUGACCAGUGAAGCCCAGAACAAUGUCUUCGGCCGUACGCUGAACCCCUGGAAUACAGCCAUCAACCCGGGAGGCUCAAGCGGUGGCGAGGGAGCCCUAAUCGCACUGCGAGGGUCACCCUUGGGCGUUGGCACUGAUAUCGGCGGCUCGAUACGUAUCCCUGCCCUCUGCUGUGGUACCUACGGCUUCCGCCCGAGCGCCUCGCGCGUUCCCAACGGCAAAAUGCGGGCUUGCAACACCCCCGGGAUGCGCUUCAUACUCUCCGUUGCGGGCCCUCUCUGCCUGGAUCUGGAGGGGAUACAACUUUUUUUCGAGACGCUCUUUGCCGCGCAGCCCGCCCUCUAUGAUUCCACCGUUCUCGAUAUUCCCUGGCGGAAGCUGGACGCCCUCCCUCCGAAGAAAAAAUUAAGGAUAGGCGUCAUCCCCGAGCACCCUGCAUUCCCCCUCCACCCUCCGGUGCGCCGCACGCUAACAUCAGCAAUCACCCUUCUCAAAGCAGCAGGCCACGAUCUGAUCCCCCUCUCAACAGCGGAAACCCUGAUCAUGGAGCUCAACGAAGUAGCCAUGCACCUCUUCGGCCUCGACCAAGCAGCCAUUUCGCACGUCGUCGCCGCAAACGAGCCUGUCGCCCCCGCAAUUCUGCAUAUAGGCACACAGGUUGAGCGUCUGCGAUCAUUCCACAAGUCAACUAUCUCCCCUGAUCCCAGUGGCCUGGCUGAUAGUAUGGGGAAAUUUACGAUCUUGAAUGCCCGCCGUGCUGAACUUCGCGACAAAUAUAGGACGUUGUGGCGCAAGUACGGCCUUGAUGUUUGUAUUGCGCCGCCGGCGCAGAGCACGGCGGUGAGGCAUGAUGGAUUUGGCUUGGCGCCGUAUACGAUAUUCUUGAAUUGUUUGGAUUACCCGUCUGUUGUUAUUCCUUAUGGGAAGGUGGAUGAGGUUGAUAAGGGGCGGAAAUUUGAGCUUCGACAUAAUCAAGUAGGGCCGGGGUAUGACUAUGAUUUACUCAAAGGUGCGCCGUGUGCGGUCCAAUUGUUUACAACCACUCUCCGCGAUGAGGAGUGCUUGCAAAUUGCAAAGAUGGUGAACGAUUGUUUGAAUGGGGAAAGGCAAGUACAUACAUGCUUUCUGAGAGGCCGAUAUAACUGA